AUGAUAAUUAAAAUAUUAGCUCUAUUAUUCCUAACCUAUAUAAUAGUAUCAUUCUAUAUAAAGAAUAGAAAAUGUCAUCCUAAAGAACCCAAAUCAAUUGGUAUUGCAUUACCAUUGAUUGGACAUCUCUACAAACUCGGUAAACAACCUCAUCGUGGAUUAUUGCAACUCGUCAAAGAAAAUGGACCAGUCUUUAAAAUGUGGUUUGGUGAUCACUAUUCAAUCAUUAUCACCGACCCCAAAUUAGUUCAUGAAAUACUAGUACGUCAAUUCCAUAUCUUUACCAACAAGAAUAGAAACACAAUCUUGGAAUUAUUCAGUAGUGGAUACAAUAAUAUUGUUCAUGGCCGUGAUCAAGACUGGAAAGAAUUACGUACUGUAGUUGCAUCUGCAUUUAGUAAUCGUAAAAUUAGAAAUAUUUCCGAUCUAAUUGAUAAUGAAGUUAAUUCAUUAUUAGUAGAAUUAUCAAAUCUAUCAGAUUCUGGCCAAGUUUUUAAUCCUCAAAUGACAUGUAAAAUAUUCUCAUUAAAUAUUAUAUUUAGAUACGUAUAUUCUAUUCAAUUAGAGUAUGGUGAACGUGCACAAGACCCAAGAACAUUGGAAAUUAUUAAUCAAACUGAUAGACUGAUGAAAUUAAUGACUAGACCAUGGAGAUUUAUGAAAGGUAUCUCUUGGGUACACUUUCAAUACGCCAAAUAUUUCGCCAAUCCAAUCGAGCUGGUCAAACAAGAAGUUCAAAAGAUUGUCUAUGAACAUCUUGAUACAAUCGAUCCUGAUCAUCCACGUGAUCUAUUAGAUCAUUUAAUUACUACUAUUGGUGUUGAUACUGAUAAAAACCUAACUAGAAUAAUUCAUUGUGGAAUUGAUUUUAUAUUGGCAGGUACGGAAACAACAAGUUCAACAAUGGAAUGGAUUAUAGUAUAUUUGAUCAAUUAUCCAGAAUAUCAAGAGAAAUUAUACCAAGAGAUUGUCGAUGCAACUGGGUCACCAGACUCGCUGGGACAAGAAAGACAUCGCAAAGAUACACCACUAUUCAAUUCAUUUGUAAAAGAAGUGAUGAGAAUGAAUUGGACUGUUCCAUUGACAGUUGGAAGAGAGUGUAGUGAAGAUGUUAUGAUUGGAGAUUACUUUAUACCAAAAGGUGCCCAAACCUACCAAUUCCCAUACGCUCUAAUGCACUCAUCAGAAUAUUGGGAUGAACCUGAAAUAUUCAAACCAGAUCGAUUCAUCAAUAAUCAACAUUCUGAUAUAUUUAUGCCUUUUGGUUUAGGUCCUAGAAUUUGUGUUGGAAUGAGUCUGGCAACUUCUGAAAUAUUUGCUCUUGUCACUAAUCUAAUUUUAAAAUUUAAAUUGUAUUCUUCAAAUGGCAAAGGUGAAAAAGUUGAUACUUAUGAAAGUAUAAUUUACGCAUUUGAUUAG